CGACCAAACUUGUAAUUUACCCUAAAAAAUAUCAUCAGCAUAAAAUUCUUUGAUUUUUCCAAACCGCGGGAACCACGCCGCCCAACUUUACUUUCUUUCUUCCACUCCAUCGCAAAUCCAAAAUCCAGGGAAGCUUUUAAAACCAAAAUCAAACGAAACCCUGCGGCUGCGUUGCUCCACAUCUCGUUCAAAUCAAUAGACCUUCUUCCCUUCCCUCGCCUCCACCACAGCCGCCGCCACCAUCACCGGCGAGGACGACCUCCCGAUUUCACCCAUGGCCGUUCCUUGCACUCCGUUCAUCGCCUCCGAGAACCUAUCCACACCUUCUUCCGCACCCUCCCUAUCCCCUUCCCCUGUAAUCCUCUCCCAAGACGAGCUCAAGAAAAUCGCCGCCUACAAGGCCGUCGAAUUCGUCCAAUCCGGCAUGGUCGUCGGCCUAGGGACCGGCUCCACGGCCAAGCACGCCGUCGACCGAAUCGCCGAUUUGCUCAAUCAGGGCAAGCUGAAGGACAUCGUAGGCAUCCCGACCUCUAAACAGACCCACCAGCAGGCAUCGUCGCUCGGAAUCCCGCUCUCGGAUCUCGACACCCACCCCACCGUCGACCUCGCAAUCGACGGCGCCGACGAGGUCGACCCAGAUCUCAAUCUGGUGAAGGGAAGAGGCGGGUCCCUGCUCAGGGAGAAGAUGAUCGAGGGCGCCGCGAGGAAGUUUGUGGUUAUUGUUGACGAAUCGAAGUGGGUCCCUUACGUCGGAGCGAGCGGGGCGAUGCCCGUGGAGGUUGUUCCGUUUUGCUCGAAGUACACGCAGGACUGCCUGCAGAAGAUUUUUGAGUACGCUGGCUGUGUGGCGGAAUUGAGGACCUUGAGCGGAGGACAGCCGUUUCUCACUGAUAACGGCAAUCACAUUGUGAACUUGUUCUUCAAGAGCGAUGUUGGGGAUUUGAGGGCUGCGAGUGAUGCAAUUCAUAGGCUUCCCGGAGUUAUUGAGCAUGGUAUGUUUAUUGGUAUGGCGACUGCUGUUAUUGUUGCAGGUGAGAGUGGAGUCACCGUUAAGAACAAACCGUGAUGAUAUGCUUGAUGCAGGAGGAAAAAGAUUAGAUUUUGACUUUGUAUUCUGUACUAUUUAGAGUAGUACUCACAGAACAAAGAACUGAACUAGAAGAAUAGCAGCAGAUUAUCACAAGACUUUGUGGGUUAAUUGAACGAAUGCUGCUUCCUCUUGAUUCUAGAUGGGUAGAGUAGUUAGCUUCAAGGUUAAUCUCUAAGGUGCUGCUAUGUAACAGACAUAUAGCGAAAUGAAAAAUGCGAUCUGUGUCUAUGUCCUGUUUUCAGUGUCGAAUAUGUUUCAUUGCUGGUUUUGGUCUGGCUAAAUGAUAAAUGAGCAGUCUUUAU